AUGAUUUUGCAACAAAUUAUUCAUAAUGAUCAACUAACAUAUCAACUUACUAGAGAUAACAAUAGUAUUGCAGAUGACAGGGGACAACUUAUAGAAAAUAAGAAAAAUUCAGAACUAACCAAUUUAGGCUUUAUUUCUUACAAAAAACGGCGUCUUUUAGAUCUUCAAGCUUCAAAUAGUCUAACUCAUCAUGAGAUUUACUGUCAAGUUGCAAACAGGAAUCUCGAGGAUUAUCGUUCUAAAAUAGAAUAUCAAAUACAUACAAAGUACAAUAUCCAAAAACGUAAUUAUAAAGUCAGUGAUUUAGUAAAAAUACAAAUUGCUAAGAUUAAUUGUGGAUCUGGUGAUUAUUGUGCACUUCCUUUAUUUCCUGCUGGAGAAGUUUUGCUACUUGGGUCAAAAGAAUUUCCUGAAUUAGACUAUCCCCGAUCUAUACAACUAUUAGUAUUAUUAAAGCUACAAGAUUACAAUCUAAUGCCCUUGCUAGCAAUAGAGUUUGCAAUUGUAGAGACAACUGUCUUACAGCAAAAUGCAUUUGUAAAAAAGCAAACAUUUUGUGUGGAAAUAGAUGUCAUUCAAAAAAUUCGAAAU